AAGGCAAAGAGAGGAAAAAGGAAACCAUAUUUAAUAACCCGCCAUGUCGUUUCCCAUUCUAUUCUUCAAAAAUCUCAUACCAAAGGCCAAAACUCAUAUCAUACCCAGUGUACACGCAUUAACACGGAGAUGAAACCUCACAGAUAGAUAUAUACAUAUAUAUAUAUAUAGAGAGAGAGAGAGAGAGAGAGAGAAAGUGGGGUUUUCGAAAGGUUGAAUUUUUUUUUUUUUUGUUUUCUUCUUCAUCUGAAUAGUUGUGUUAAUGGCGAGUAGUUGGGUCAAGUCUUUACAAUGCAAAUCGAAAGCUUUCGAAGACGUUUACCAACCCAAACCCAGAAACCUCCUCAUACCCAGUACAAGCUGUAGACAUAGUGUUCAAAACAUUAAAGAUGUGAUUGAUAACACUGCCAAAUACAAGGCCAGAAAGUCCAAAACGACGUCGUCGCCGUCGCCUCAGAAAAAACCGACUUCUAAAUCUUCGAGAGCCGCCGGGAACGAACCGGGUCAUGCUCCCAUGGUGAGACCGAGAAUGAGCUCUUCGACUUCGACCCGUCAGAGUACUCGCACCCGCCACGACCAGUUCCUCCCGGCGUUAAAGGAGCUACCGGAGGGUCACCCGUCUCGUAACGUGGUGGAUAUUAUAUUCCACACUAGCUGGAGCCCCAAGUCUUUCUCGGGUCGGAUCGAGAUGAUAUUCAAGGUCCAAAACGGGUCGAAGGCUGCGGCUAGGUUCGAGGAGUAUCGCGAACUCGUUAAGAUCCGGGCCGGGUCGGGCAGCCCAGCCGGCGAGACCGCAUGCAAGGAGGAGAAUGCGCGGUGCGUAGCGGACGGGAAUGAGGUCAUGGGUUUUCACUGUCUCGGACCCACGUCAGGUGGCGGUGCGUACGACGCGUGUAGCGGCGCGUGGGCUUUUCCGGCAGGUAAUAAAGGGUCGGUGAUAUGCACGUAUUCUGGUAGCGGUGGGGCCCAUGAGAGUGCCGGCGGAGGGAGAGGAAUGAGAGCCAUGUUACUCUGCCGAGUCAUUGCUGGCCGAGUCUCCAAAUCACUCGGGAUCGACUCGUUGUUGAAUGGCCGAGUUGGGUUGGACUCAGUGAGUGGGGAAAGUGGCGAGUUGCUUGUGUUUGACUCACGUGCCGUUUUGCCUUGUUUCCUUAUUAUCUACAAAUUGUAAAAACACCACAAGGUUCCCCUUUUUUUUUUUUACUGUCUUAUAUUUUUAUUUUAUUUUUUUUUGUAAGAGUUGGUGAAUCUUUUUUCUACUUACUCGCAUUUAUCAACAUUAUUUUGGGGGGUCAUUAAUACUUUUUUUUUUUUUUUUGGGUGUGAUUAGGGGAAAAAAAAUCUUGUUGAUAAAUGUUGAUUAACUAAUUUGCCAUUUCUCGUUCUUAUAUGUAAUUCCACUUUCAUACAAUUUGGGAAGGUUUCUCUUUUUCACUUUUCUAUUUACUGAAAAAGAAAAGGUUU